AUGAAACAAAAACUGUUCUUGGGGAGUUCUCAACUGUGUGAUAAAGCAUCAAGCAUUGAUUUGAAUCGCAAUUCACAAAAGUCAUCUUCAAAUAUAAGUAAUGCUACAAAGCUUAAUGCACAGAAUAGUAACGAUGAAGAAAACAUUGAUAUUCCUGUACCCGGUGUUGGAUUACAAGCCGCUGUAGUUUCCGCAACCGGAUUAGUAGGUGGUGCAGGAGGAGCACCAACAAAUAAUAUGAAUUAUGAAACGAAGCCUGGAGAGGAACGCAAAACUUAUAUUCGUUUGAGCCAAGCGAUGCGUAAUUUAACUCGUUCAGUUGGAGCAAAAGGAACAUUUUAUUGUGAUAUUCUUGGUGAACCGAUCCCUCAGUUUCAAUGGUAUAAAAAUGGAGAAAAAUUGGUGGAGAAACAAAAUAAAAUAAAAAUUACCACUGCUCUUUGGGGAAGCGCUUUACGAGUGGAAAAACUACAGAAUUCAGAUGCGGGUCAGUAUCUCUGUGUUGCAACUAAUCCUUCUGGAACCUUGAAUGCGACAGCGCAUCUUCAACUCACGAACAAAAGCACCAAGUCAACUACAUUUGUUAAACCACCAUUACAAGAAGAUCAAUAUCUUAUGAAUCCAAUGUCCUCUGAAUCUGACGGCUUCUGUCAAGAAUUUCACAGCAACGUUUGCGGUAAAUAUCUCAUGGGUCAUCGCGUCUACGUGACAAGAGAAUUUCAACAAGCACUUAUUGAAGCACAGAUAUCUAAAUUUUUGAAACUUACAGCAACUCAGUCAUUGCACCGUGUAAGAGAGGAUUGUCUACGACGCUUAAUGGAGGCAAUAUGCUAUUAUAACUUUCCUGUGUGCUUAGAAAUGAAACCAGUGUCAUUUGAAAACGAAAUAGUAUCAAGUGAAACACAAUCAAUAAGUGAUAAUUCUAUAACUCAUUCAUAUCAAACACGACAUUUAUGCCGGCAAGAUUGUGAGAUUGUGACGCAAAAUGAAUGUGGGCCAACUUAUGAUUAUUUGGAAAGAAAGAUACUGCAUGACUUACCAGGAAUGGUAAUGGACUGCUCACAUCUCCCUAUCUAUUCACCAGAAAAUCCACAAACAUGCCGCCGUAUAGGAGAACCUUUGGUUGUUUCAGACCAAGCAGCUUCACAAUAUAGACAUGACAGUAGUCGAGAAUUCUGGGAAGAACAUCGUGUAGCUGCACAUUCAUCUGAUCAGUUAGUGGAGAGGAAAGAAAGUGGUCCAUUGUCAUCAGGUCAAGAUUUGAACGCUGCGUUGUCAACUGGUCCUGAUUUGCUGCCAAUAUUCGUCUCAUUUGGAGCACUAGCCUUAUUGGGUCUUCUUCUUCUAGCUGUUUGUUUUCUUUGUCGACACAGUUCAGGGGAUUCUCCACGCCUGACAACAGAUGGCUCAAGUUUUCUAGGAAGAUCACGUAUUCGCAGCAACUGUAGAGGUAAUCGCAACUGUUCACAGGCUGAACGGCUAAAUGGAUUUCUUGUUAGAGGGCAAGGAGUAGGUGCUCCAAAUGACUCCAACCACAACAGUAAACAGAGAAGGGUUCCUGGAAUGGGUGCCGGUGCAAAGCUUGGUGCACCAAAUGGUCUUCUAAACGGUAUGCACGAGGCCUACACAACUGCUUACAGUGGUAGUAAUGCUGUCUGCAGCACAAUUGAUGCGAAUGCUAUGAGUGCACCUGCUACAGUUGGGCAUAAUAGUGUCUCUUCAAAUCCUCAGAGCACAAAUGGUGUACAAAAUGACGCCUCACUUUCUGCAGUUACAUCUGGUAAACACAAUACCGGUGCAACUUACUUUCAAUAUCAAGCUACGAACUUCCUUAAUCCACAGAUACCCCCACCUAGGGCUCCUGCCCCACCUCCUCCGGGAACCCAGAGCAUAACAACACAAUCACAAACUGGCGUCUCAGCAAACAUAGUUACUUCUAUUCCAUUCAACAUGACAGAUACGUCGUAUAACAUACAAUCCUUCAAUCAAUCUAUUCAUAUGCCCCGAAAUGGCGAUAUGAAUCGAGAGUCUGGGAUACAUUAUGAAAUACAUGGAGAUGCCGAAAGUCCAACGGCCUAUACAACGCUCCGAAAUGCUAGUCCUAAUGAAUUCCUUGUAAGCGAUGCUGCUGCUUCAAUAAACUCAUACAAUCCUUCGCAAAAUCCUGCAAUGUUUUUGAAGAUGAACUUGGAUGACCAACCUAUGAAAGCCAUAGAAUAUCCGAUCUCUCAGCUUAGGUUUGGAAAGCAGUUUGGACAGGGAGUUUUUGGUCCAGUUUAUAAGGCUGAACUACUACCAAACAGUGCAUACGAAAAUGGUCAUCCAAUGUCAGUCAUUGUUAAAACUUUAUCAGCUGGUUCGCCAGCCAGUUUGCAAGCAAAUUUCCUUAGAGAAGCCAAUUUAAUUUCUGAAUUGGACCAUCCAAAUGUGCUAAGCCUUCUAGGAGUUAGUGUUCAACAUCCUCCAUGGUGUAUGAUAUUUGAAAUUCGACAAUAUCUUGAUCUAUGUGAACUUUUAUCUUCAAGAAGAUCUAUGGUGAACCAGAUCAACUUGACAAGUGUAACCUAUCCAAAUGGUAUGACAACUAGUAUACCACAUCCUCUUAGUGAAUCCGAAAUUUGGAGGGUAUUGUCUCAAGUUGCCGCUGGGAUGGAUUAUUUAUCUAGUCAUCGUUUUGUUCAUCGUGAUUUAGCAGCAAGAAAUGUCAUAAUUCUAAAUGACCAACUCUCCUGCAAAAUUACUGAUCUCGGUUUGGCCCGCGAUUGUUACGCAGCAGACUAUUAUCGUCUACAUCCUCAUAGUCUAAUGCUACCGAUACGCUGGAUGCCACUUGACUCGAUUAUAUAUGGUAAAUUUACAAUCGAAUCAGAUAUUUGGGCAUUUGGAGUAUUGAUGUGGGAGGUUUGGUCUGGUGGCAUGAGACCUUAUUCAGCGUUUACCGAUCCAGAAGUAUUAGAUCUGAUACGUUCUAGACAAUUAUUAUCUUGUCCACAACACUGUUCAACCAAUGUCUAUAUGUUUAUGACUAGCUGUUGGAAUGAAGAAAUUGAAAGACGUCCAACAUUUAAGGAUUGUUUAAAUCAAAUACAGAACUGGUAUUCUGAUACACCAGUUAUAUCAUCCAUAUAUCCCAAUGAACAAGUAUUCCCUUAUUCUCAGGUUAUAGAUAAUAAAGUUGAUUUCCAACAACUGAAUAAUAAUAACACUAACAAUAACAGUAGCAUUAAUGGCACAGAAAGCCAAUCUGAAACUUCUAAAUCAAAUCUAUCUCUACGCCAGAAUUGUCCAGGUGCACUGAAUGUGAACAGUUAUCUCACGUGUCACAAAGAACACUUGUCUAAAAUGUGUGCACCAGAUUCUUUUGAUUUAUUUCAUCAGUCAGUUAAUACUCCUACAAGUAAUCAUAAUUCUAGUCCAGAAAACACAGUUAUGAAAGGUAAAUUUGGUUCAAUGCGUCAGUCAGUGAACACUUCAACAGGGACAGCCACACCAGUUACGAAUUUGAUACCAGUAACCAAUCUACCCAGCACAUCAAUAGGAAUUCAAGAGUCAAGAAUAGAUCUUUGUAAAUCUUCCAGUGGAUUAGGUAUUCGGCUGUUACCCAAUACAACUACAAUGUAUAUUCCCACACUGAACUCUGUCAGUUAGAAUAGGUGGCAUUUUUAACUAAUAAAUAGUUGACUGUUUAGGAGACAUUCACAGAUUUUUCAACUAGUAUGAGUUUUCACCGUCAGUAAUCAGCAAUUCUGUCGUCUUUUUUUGUAGCGUAAUUUGUACAAAAUCAGUGUAAAAUUCUUGGUAUUGUUUCCGUUGUAAUGAAAUAAAAUAAUUUGGUAUAGUAUUUGAAGAAUUUAUCUACCUUAUGUAUGUUAUUCUGAUAACAAGAGAUACAAUCUUUUUGAUUUUAUCCAAAAGAAUUCUCUUUCAUACCGGUUGAAAAGAAUCAACUUCAUUUGCAUCUUUGCCAUUAUUCUCACUAUGCCUACUUUAAUAAUAGCUUAAGCAACAGACCUAUUACCCGAUCCUCCUACAUAUAAUUUUGUAAAUACACUCUUCUACAGACAAAAAGCUGUCUGUUUUGUCUAAUAGUUUUCGUUUAUCCACUUACAAUUGCGCAAGGUCAUUUGCGCCUCAUUCGAAACACAUUUUACACUUUUAAUUGCUUCAACGAAUCAGAGAAAAGUAAUUUGCAUACUAUUUGUUUUCUUUCAAUUUUAUUGUCAACAGUUUUUGAAGAAUUUCCGUAUCAUUUUCUUACUCCUGCUUUUAUUCAUCAUCAGCACACUGUCAAAUUUUUAAAAUGGAUUCUUACUUGUGAAAUGCAUUUGUUAUUUACGAUUUCUAUAUCUCCACUUUGUCUUGUCUGAUUAAACAGUUCAUUGUGCGUUCAUAUGUUGUUUGAUACUGAAAGAACUUUUAUUAAUUU